GCCUGCUUCUGAGUCAGUGUACUGUAUCACUAUCAGCACCCCAAAUUAAUAUUUUUGUGUUUGUUUCGUUUCGUGCUGAAGUAGAUCUAGCGCCAUUGGAUGCUUGUCACCUUGCAGAGUUUGGUUCCGUUGGAUUACUUCUCGAGUCAGCUGCUGUUUGCCAUUCGCAUCAAGGUUGUGAAGCGCUCGUUUGGAUCUCUUUCGGAGUAGGAUUACCGUGAACUUACUCGGUGACCUGCAAGGAACUCGAUGGCUGCAGCCAAUUUCUGGUUUUGCUGAGGACAAGAAAGUCUUCCAGUUGGUAGUCUACUUUCCUACCGAAAGAUACAGAUGGGUGCAAAGCCGCGUGCGUAGUUGCUGAUACAACGGAAGCCAAGAGCGCCAGAAGAAGCAGCAUGAUGCCCGAAAGCAGCGAGAAUUGAUGACGACAAGAAGCACUUCCAUCGGGUCUGGAGGACUAGCACCAUGGCGACCAAGACAACAGUGACCACUCGCUGUCUACAAGCAUGUCACAUAUUGCUAACAGCCAUGCUGGUAGCGAACAACGCUUCAGCUCUUGCCCCGACAACCGUUCCUCUUCCCGCCUGGUGCUCCGAUACAUCUGCUCCAUCUUCUAGCUGUCAUUGGCCAUGGGUGCUGAUUGCAGGACAGUGCGUGCGCAAUUCUCAGACUUGCACCCAGAGUGCAGAUGGAGUUCUUUGCGCACAAUCUUUCAAACCGUCCCUCGAUGGAGGCCUGCCCAUUGUGAAUGACAUCAGCUCCGUCGCAAAGCACACAAUGCAAGCACUAACGUUUGAGGGCUACACAAUAACCAAGCUGAACGUUGACACUUUCCGCUGCUAUUCUAGCCUCAGAUCACUGAAAAUAUCACUGUUUAUCAGUGAUAUGCCGGAGGACAUUUUCAAGUACAAUUCACAGCUUGAGAACAUGACGCUAACCGGAUACGACCAGGUUGCGCUGCCUCCUGGCCUGCUUCAAACGGCAAGCCUGUUGAGAGUUUUUCGUAUAUCCGGUGCUGUGGAGUCCAUUCCACUGAAGUUUUUCCGGAGCACACCACUCCUCCAGACAUUUCAUGUGGAGCAAUCAAGUAUUAAAGCUUUGCCUGCUGGCUUGUUUGCAAGCAACCUGGAACUGAAAGAAUUUAUUGUGGAGAAGUCUAAUCUCUACUACCUUCAGGACAGCAUUUUUACGCCAUGUCUGCAGCUGCGGGUAUUUGAACUCAAUGACGUGAACUUGAUCUUCAUCCCGGAGCUGCUGUUCGCCAAGACUACCCAGCUGAUUUCUUUCAAACUUGUCAAGCCGAAAUUUUCAUAUCUUCCCAAGAACCUUUUCAUAAACACCACAAUACUUUCCAGCUUUGUAAUCAGUUUCGCAAAUUUCAACACUCUCCCGGCAACGCUGCUACAUAAAACUGUCCUGCUUCAAACUUUUUCCUUUGUCAGGUGUCCAACUCCGUUUGCAUUCCAGCCACUGUUUUUCAAUACAACAACCCACUUGCGGAUGGUGAACUUAACAGAUUCCGACAUCAGCCCAUUUCCUGUCGGCUUCUUCGGACGCGUUCAGUAUUCAUGCGAAAUACAUGUGCAUCCUAGAUCAGUAGUUAAUCAGGAAAUCUCCAAUGGAAUACUUCACCCUACUGCUAUGAUGGACAAUUGCAUCUUGGCACCGGGAUCUUGUUGGCUUAAAGAGACAACGACAAGCUGUUCCAGCUUAACUGGCUGUCCAAAAUGCUCGCUUGUGCACACCACCUCCUCGUACUUUGAGUACGACCGUGUUUCGAUGGGCUGGCGGAAGAAGUGUCGCAGUGGCUUCGCCUUUAAUGUUGUGGCCGCUGGCACUGGUAUAGGAAGCAACAGUGGAAGUGGCAUGGGAGGCGGCACUAGUGGGUCGGUAACGUGCAAUGAUCAGUUGAAUUGGAAUGGUGCUUCCAAACAAUGUAUCAAACAUUCACAACAUGUUGGUGGCGGUAUGUGCAGCGUAGGUGAUGACUGUGUGUCUGGCUUCACAUGCAGCAAUUCAGCAUGCACUGAUGUGAAUGAAUGUUCUUCGGGUGCCAGCUUGUGCCACGACGUUGCCAGUUGCAGGAAUAGUCCCGGCUCGUAUCAGUGCUCGUGUCAGGCGGGAUAUGGGGGAGACGGCCAUCAUUGCUUCAAUCUGGAUGAAUGCCUGCUGGGAACACACUUGUGUAGCAACAGCAGUGCGGGCAGCGGAGCAAGAGAUAUAUGUGACGACACAGUUGGUUCGUACCAGUGUCUGCUGCCGUCGACAUUACCCGUCACUACCUCCACGCAACCAGCAACUACACCGACAGCAGCCACAUCGACAGCAGCCACAUCGACAGCGGCCACAUCGACAGCAGCCACAUCGACAGCAGCCACAUCGACAGCAGCCACAUCGAUAGCAGCCACAUCGACAGCAGCCACAUCGACAGCAGCCACAUCGACAGCAGCCACAUCGACAGCAGCCACAUUGACAGCAACUACAUCGACAGCAGCCACAUUGACAGCAGCCACAUCGACAGCAACCACCUCAAUAGCAGCCACAUCGACAGCAACCACACCGACAGCAGCCACACCGACAGCAACCACAUCGACAGCAACCACACCGACAGCAGCAACAUCGACAGCAACCACAUCGACAGUAACCACAUCGACAGCAACCACACCGACAGCAGCAACAUCGGCAGCAACCACAUCGACAGCAACCACAUUGACAACAACCACAUCGACGGCAACCUCUGCAUCUCAAACGCCCGCGCCCACUGUAACGAUACGAUCAGACGCAACAAUGACAAUGAAUCCUGGACAUUUGAUUACAGCACAAGUGAUCGAAUUGCCUGGCACGAUAUUGCCUGAUGCGGACACAACAACAGUGGCGAUGCCAGCAAAUGGUUCAACCGAGAUGACAACAGUUACAUCAGCCACAGCGUCACAACUAACCUCUGGGUUUGCACCAACAUCAGUACCGGGCACGACAACUUUGGGCGCGUCAUCGCCGUCUUCAGCUCCAUCAUCACCGACUCCAGCUCCAUCAUCACCAACAACAGCGCUGCCUUUAACAACUUUAACUUUGCCAUCGGCAAAUAGUCUACAACCAGCACCAACAACUGAGUCAUCUGGAACUGGUCAACUACCAGCAUCACUAAUUUUGCCAUCACCAAGUGCUCUACCGACAACAUCACCUUGGCUAUCGGGGAAUUCCCUACCAUCAACAGAAUUGUCCUAUUCAUCAACAAUUUCAGCUCCGUUAUCGUCAAUAUUGCCAACUUCAAUCCUGCCAUCUCCCACGUCUGUGCAACCUUCAACAAGAUUGACACAGCCAUCAACGACUGCAACUCUGCCGUUGACGAAUUCGCACCCUCCGGCGUCCAGCUCAGCCAUCCCAGCAUCCACUACAUCAUCGACAAUGACAACACUGGCAAAUCCGUCCGUGUCACCAUCAGAACCUCCGUCACCAACAGCAACAGCAACACCAACGCUAUCAACAUCCUUAUCUACACAGCAGCAGCAGCAGGGUAGCACGAUAGCGCUCAUACACACAGCCAAAGCACAUACCACCAUGCAUCUAACGGAUUAUGAAACGUCGACACUGGUGCAAACAUCACCGCUGAAAACAUUCUCCCAACCAUUACCAACUAAAAUGGAUAACAACAGAACAAUGGUGUUGUCCUCUCCAUCAAGCACUCUACUGAACUCCUCCGCUACCAGUACAGCUGCUAACACCGAUACUAGUACAAGGCGGCAGAAUCUAUCGGGAACAACUAAACAAGGCACAACCGUGGAAAGCACCACCAGCCCUAGAGAUCCUCCUCCGGUCACAGAUCACACUGUCUCUUGGAUCAUUAUCAUCUCGUCGUCUGGGUUUGUCGUUAUCCUAGCUGUCAUCUUGUCGGCUCUGGUCUGCUUGAAACAAAGCAGGAAGCUCAAGCUGACGGAGAGGAAGAGUAGCCACAUUGCAUUGAUGGAGAAACCCACGGUGCCGGUGACGUCUGAUUUCGUGAACAAGUCUGCCAGGUCCAGCAUUGACACCGUUGUUGACAUUUCUACUCCGCAAACGGCCGCUAGGUCGUCAAUGACUUUAUCAUAUCAAAACAACAACCCAUUAAACGGCCGUGGUGCCAGCAACGACGACAACAACAACAAUUAUGCCAUCACCCGCAACGAUGGCAUCAUGAACAUCAAUGCCAUCAGCAACCACAACGCCAUUACCAGCAGCAGUGCCCGCAGCAAGAACGGCAACGGUAGCAACGUAAACCAUGCUGAGAGGAUGAGCAAAACUCUGAGCAACGACAGCGAUCACCUCAGCAGCUGGAAACCCAGCUGGCGGCAAGAAUCGAUUGCCUCUGAUCAUGGUUAUAUUGAUCCAUCGUGCAUCCCGCAAAACUUGCACGGCAGUGGUUCCGUCAUGAGCUCUUCAGACACGGAGCACGAACCACUAGCCAAAGCUAAAAGCAUGCAUCCGGGUGCUCGUUCAGCCCACACGGGGAAUGCUCGCGGGCCAAAGAUUCGUCGUGCAAUGUCGCUCAAAUCCGUGGGCCAGGUAUCCGGGACGUAUCUGGAAGUACAGUUUGACCCGACUAUACCCUUACCCGGAGGAAAAACCGACGGCCAGAUGAAGAACAUCAGCAGUGCAAUGGCGGGACACUUCUUUGCUAACAGUGCAUCGAUUCAGCGAGAUAAGCACUGCUACGGUAUGGAGAGCGGGCAGAAAGGUAUGCCAGCGGCCAACACUAACUAUGGGUAUCAAUGCAUCGAUGCAGGAACUGCAGGACUCACAGUACAGCCAAAUGAUCAACGCAAACCAAUGUUCUCACAAUCCGUUCCAAGGAGCAUGGCACAGCUGGAGGGGCGGUAUGAUACGUUUUCUCCCUUGGCCGGCAAUAAGGAGCACCCCGCGGCAAUGCACGCGUGGUUACAGCAGCAGGACUCAUACCGCACUGAACAACACACGGCGGCGGCGGGCCAACUGGCGAGAGAGCAGCCAGGCCUGCACGGUGCUGGCACGGUGGGCUUAUCACACAGGUCCAUGCACACCUCGAGCAGAGCACUUGCACACACAGACACAGCGCUCCCGCCCCGCUAUACCGAGGAGCAAGAACGCCACGUCCCUCAGUCGCCACCCGUUCCUCCAGGUGAUGAAUACCAUGGCAAGAGGGCAACGGAGGAAACUAGUGACAUGCCAGUAGGGGGCUGGAGCUAUCUCUUUGAGCCACCGCCACCUAGGUCUCAACGAACGCAUGGUUCUCUCAACAUGGGCACAAGUGGUGGGUUUGACCAGCAGGACAACACCACUGCUAGCCGGGGAACAAAGACAACGAUGCCACACCAGGACAGUGCAGCUAGCACCACCAAUGCAGCCACCGACAGGCAAGCCUCUUCAAACGUGCAUCAGCCACGUAGGAACAGCAACACGAACCCUAACAGUGCUCCGCCACGCAAGAACAGCAUAACGGUCCGAAGUCAGCAAAAGCACCGCGCCAGCUUGCGCUCCGAGAUCAGCCUCCGGUCGGGGGCCAUAAUGAGCGUAAAUGAAGAGGACGCUGCAUUCGGCGGGUUUAAUGGGGAGUUCCGUGACCUCUCAGCCACUUUCACCGGCGGUCAUUCCGAGCUACAGUGCCAGGCUUCGAGUGGAGUUAUAUCUGAUUCCUAUAACCUCAAGGUUGCACGGCAAGUAUCACUGCUCAACUGGCAAGAGCGUCAGUAUCAGAAGCAACUCCCCACCCAGCCAGCGACAAAGGGUCGUACACUAUCAAACGCUGCAACGACUUCCCGUAAGCAGCACAAGGCAUUGCCGCAGGUUCCACAGAGGGGCAAGUCAGCGCAGAGGCACCCGUCAAUUGGUGUCGACGCAGAUGACUAUGCGUCGUACGGACAGUGUUUUGCACCAUUUGAAAACAGACGCGCGAGCGCCACCGAUCGACCACGGCCUCAACCGCGUGCUGGAUCACGGCGAGUAAGCGAACCUGUGCCGCCAAGGAUGCGUUUAUCAGAUCACAGACUCAGUGGCGAUGCCUCUCAGUCUGCAGCACCUGCCAAAAAUUUGCUAGAACACAUCACACAGCACGGCCAACCCGGCGUGAAAGGCGUGUCACUCGUCUUGCCGACUGCAUGCGAAGAGAACGAUGCAGACCUCUACAAGAGUCCCCUGGGGGCCAGGUUCAGCAUAGGGAAUCUGUCGGUGGCCAGCGCGAACUGUCAACAUUCUGCUCUCUAUGGCAACCUGCCUACACCAACCCCCAGCACGGCGGGUGGUGAAGCCGGCGUCAGCUACACGCUCGUCAACAAGUCCAGGACGGACUUCUACCGAACUGCGUCGCCCAUUCAACGCGUCACCGUGGACACAAGAGGUGCGUCUCCAGCACCCGCGUCGACUGGUAUCUCUCCAUACAGCACGUCGGGUGCAAUGCUCUCAAAUGGGGACACUGCUGCCCGUGGAUCGGCGAAAAAAGGCGAGUCGAGUGCCGCCCCUCGACUACUCGCUUCUGCUCCCAACAACGGCGGCCACAGUCCAACACGAGCUGCAGCAGCACCCCAGGUGGCUGCUGCACCGUCUUCGGUUGGUGAGUGCGACGGAGCGGGUAACCGUUCUGCAUUGCCGCGUACUGUCUACGCAUCCGUGGAGCGAACGAAACACAACAAGCCCGCGGCCGUCAGCACAACAGGCACCAGACGUGUUUCAAACAAAGACGACGACUGCGGUGGCAGUGCACCCGCACGCAGAAAACCUGCAGUGGGACCCCGAACAACAUCUAUCCGCCAUUGAUAGUUAUUCUGUACGCCACCUGACAGCAUGCCACCUGACGGCAUGCCCCCUGAUCAUUGCAAAUGUCCCUCAGGAGCAGCCCAUGUGCAGCGUGUCUUUUAUACUGCAUUCUACAUGUAGCCGACUGCAGUUAUUAUAGAGGACGACUUGUUGUAUUUCUCGACUCGUGCCUGCCUAUGAAACUUGUCGCUCAUUAGAAAUCAUUAUGUAAGCCAGCUACAACGCAGUGGCGCCUGAUACCGGCAGAAACCAAGCCACCACUACAUACAGCUGCUAGGUUGAUACUAGCUAGUCUUUUGCACAACAUGGUGUGAAAACCGCCAAGUAAAGUUAGCCUACAAAUUUUUUUGGUGUGUGAAACGUGUAUCUCCUGCAGUUAGCUCUGCUAACAUCUACAGGCAACAGGUGCCACUUUGUCCUGCUGCAUGGAAGCUAGAUCACAGAGAACUGUGAACAAUUCCAGCUAUAUUCUUCUCCCCGAUAGAAGCGAAAGUGACCGAUGAUGUAUUCCGGGAUCGCUUUUCUAUUCUAGUUUUCCGACACUUCUCACCAUAUCACUUAUGCAUUCUUUCUAGUAUUUUAUCUUUUCUCAUGAUUUGCUUACAUUCCUCCUCCUCCUCCUUCGUUCUUCGAUUCAUCUCAAUCUGUACAUACCAAUGAUCAUAUUAGUAUUAGGAAUCGCUUUCUGAGCACAAUAGGAAAAAAUGCAUGUUUCACUCCUGCUUUCUUUGUAUUUAGGGAUUUCAUCUGUUCUAUUUUGUCAACAUUCCUCGUCCUUCGUUUCUUCAAUUCAUCUCAAUCUGCACAUACUAGUAACUAGGAGUCACUUUCUGAGCACAUUAUCUGAUUAUAGGCAAAGAUACAAAUCUGGUGAGUGUUUUCUAGGAAUCUCCUGACUCUCAUCUGGUGAUGAAAAUAGCUGGCACAUAUGCGUGUUUUCUUUCUGUUGAGGGAUUUCGUUUUUUUCUGUUUUCAACCGACCUGGUUCUUCCUUUCAUCAAUUCUUGCAAUCUGUACAUACCACGAAGUAAUAAUAAUUAUUAGGAAUCACACGCUACGAGUUUAGUACGUUUUUUUCGAUUUUGACAGCAUGUUAGUAUUAUUGUUACAAGGUGAGGACGCAUAGUGCUCCUGACUACAACCAUAACCCGGUUGGCAGAGUCCCGGUCUUGCGACCAUUUGAACCGUAUUGGGAAAACCCAGGUUCGGACCCUCUAAACUACCAAGCAAGGCUUCUUUAUACUUAUUAUACCAAGUGUAGUACAUGCACUAGUCACUGCAGUAUUCUCACUCUUCUUUGCAGUUUUCUUUCUGAGCCCAGUGUAGGAAAA